CCUCAAUCCAGAUCAACAGCAAGAACUGGGCCGCGCGCAUUGCCUUCCCAUGGAUGGUGCGGAUCAGCCGGCGUCUCACGAGUCAAGGGCUUCGCCGGCUUCGCCUCAAAACCAGGAAGACCUGGAGCAGCUUGUCGAACUCCAGGCGCUCUGCAAAUCGCAGGCCGCCCGGAUUGUGGAGCUCGAGAACCUUUGCACGCAACAGGAGGCUCGUAUUCGUGAACUGGAACAGGCCGAACGCAUUCGAAAGCUGACUGCACCGAAUGGUGCAGAGAUGGUCAGCCAGCUGUUGGUGAGCCCACGAACCAGCCUCGGGAGCACGACGACUGGUGCCCCUUUUGCCAGUCCAAGGCAGUCAGGUCCUUCUGAAGCUUUCCAGCGUGCCAAGGAUCUUGCAGAAUUGUGGGGGCAAAGGUGUUCCCCACAACUUGCAGGAGUACUUCCAUCUCCAAGGCCAUCUCCCAGGAGCUAUUUGCGGAAGGAGGUCAAAACUAUCGUGCAAAGGCCCACUGGAAUGCCAGAGAUGUCCCGCAGCUUGCUGCUGCCCAGCCCCUCUAUAUCUGAGUCAAGGCCAAUGAUGUCACCGGCUCCUGUAUAUCCACUUGUUUCAUCCACACCAGGUUCUUUGCUGGCUCCUGGUCGAGCGGAAAAAGCGCCAGGGACUGUGACGAUCUUCCAAGCCUCGCCAAGGCUUGUGCCGACAUCGCCUGUGACCAUGAGUCCACGGCCGGUUCAAACUUGGCCAGAGGCCAAAGCGUUUCUUUGGAGCACCGUUUGAACCUCGCUCCGCUGCGUGGUUUUUCAUUUGACUCUAGUGAGCACUGUUGAGGUCACGCCAUGCUCAGAGCGAAAGCUGGAGAUUGACAAGGCGAGUUUGCAGGACAAUGCAAAGACAAGUCCAUGCAGUGCUCCGCAACCACAAGAGCGCGUUCGACCGAUGAAAGCGCAGAACAUGAGUGCAAAAAGUUAUUUACACCCUGCGGGUUGUUCCGCCGGCCUUUUCAGCCAAUGGUCCCAAGAUGCGGAUUACCUUUUGCGUCAAGAGGAAAGACUGCAACAGAGCAGAAAAAGUAACAGCAUCAUCCAGAACACAGCCGGAGCAACAGAGGAGCCUACAUGAAAUGACGUGCAUUAUGAUACAAUAAGAGAACAGGGAGAUGAAAUUGGAGGAUGCAAAGUAUAGCCUGCCAAGCAAGAAGACAAAUUAUA